GUCAGCUCUGCGCAGCGCCUGCGAGCGGAGGGAGUCGGUGCAACGCAGCGGCUGUUUCGGCGUGUGCGGCUCCGGGAAUGAUGCUCUAAGCCUGCCUCCUCAUUCAUACUCUCACAGCCCAACCAAAAGCACCCGUCAACAUCCCCGUUGCGACAAUUUCACCGUGUUUUCAUCGUUGCUGCCGAACUCCGGGUUUAAUGAACGAGAACGAAAAGAAGAAGCGCACGGCAACCUUACGACUGUUUUUAUUGACAUCCCAUUCUGAAUGACGGGCGGACGGUUCGACUUCGACGAUGGUGGCUCUUAUUGCGGCGGGUGGGAGGACGGGAAAGCCCACGGACACGGCAUCUGCACGGGACCCAAGGGUCAGGGCGAGUACUCGGGGUCCUGGUCCCACGGCUUUGAGAUAGUCGGGGUUUACACCUGGCCCAGCGGGAAUACGUACCAGGGCUACUGGUCGCAGGGCAAACGGCACGGGCUGGGUGUUGAGACCAAGGGGAAAUGGCUGUAUCGUGGGGAGUGGAGUCACGGGUUCAAGGGGCGAUAUGGGGUCCGGCAAAGCACCAAUACACCUGCCAGAUACGAUGGGACCUGGAGUAAUGGACUGCAGGAUGGUUAUGGGGUCGAAACCUAUGGGGACGGUGGCACCUAUCAAGGCCAGUGGAUGGGGGGCAUGAGGCAUGGCUAUGGUGUGCGCCAAAGCGUGCCUUACGGUAUUGCCACAGUUAUCCGCUCUCCUCUUCGCACCUCCCUGGCCUCCUUAAGAAGUGUGCAUAGCAACGGCACCGUUCUGCAGGAUGCUGUACCAGAUACUCCGGUUGGCAGCCGUGGUGGUUUCGUUCUGAACUUUCACAGUGAUACCGAAGUCGUCACGGGCAAGAAGAAGGGUCUUUUCCGCCGCGGAUCCCUGUUCGGUAGCCUCCGUCAGCUCCGUAAAUCUGACUCCAAGACCUCAAUCUCUAGCAAACGGAGUUCUGCGCGUAGCGAUGCCACCAUGAGCCGCAUCAGCUCCAGCGACGCCAACUCUACCAUCAGCUAUGGAGAUGGAGAGAUGCCCGAGGAGUACACGCCCAUGGAGGACCACGUGGAUGCCACCACCACCGAGUCCUACUUGGGCGAGUGGAAGAAUGACAAACGCAAUGGUUUCGGGGUCAGUGAGCGAUCCAACGGGUUGAAGUAUGAUGGAGAAUGGUUGAACAACAAGAGGCAUGGAUACGGAUGCACAAUAUUCCCGGAUGGAACCAAAGAGGAGGGGAAGUACAAAAAUAAUGUAUUGGUGCGCGGGAUAAGGAAGCAACUUAUUCCUCUUAAAAACCACAAAACGAAAGAAAAAGUGGACAGAGCUGUGGAGGGCGCACGAAGGGCGGCAGCUAUCGCCAGGACUAAAGUGGAAAUAGCAGUUUCAAGGACAGCCCACGCAAGAACUAAGAGUGAAUCAGCAGACCAAGCUGCACUUGCAUCCUGUCAAGAUUCGGACUUAGCCAGAGCCGUGGCCCAAGAGUUAUCUCCCAGCUUCUAUCAACCAGGUCUCGACUACAUCAAGCAAAGCUUCAGUGAGCCGGUGGAGGAGAUUAAGGAGGAACCACCAAAGGAAGAAAAAGAGGAGAAGAAUCCUUCCGGCAGCCCUUUCUAUCGGCGUGGCACGACUCCCACUCACUCUCCCCCCCGGAGCCAAACACCAUCGCCUCCUCAAAAGGGCCAAGCAGCCAACUCCAGCAUCACGCGGAAGAUAAGCAAAGACAACAGCGGCGUAAACCGAAAGAUAAGCAAAGACAGUAGCAGUGUAGCUCGCAAGAUAAGCAAUGAAGAGAGAGCUUCAAUUUUGGCAGAGAUCACCAAAGUAACUGUCGCUCCACCUGUUCCAGCCAUCAAACUGCAGGACGUCCCCCCAUCAAAGCCCCCCAAGGCACCUGAGCCUAAAAUUGCUCACACAGGUAAUGGGCAGCUACACACUGCUUAUCAUAGUUACUAUGUAAAACCAAUGGGAAAGAUCCCUCCGCCGGAGGAACCAGAGGAUGAGGAGCCGGAGAUGACACCAUCUAGCCUGGCCAGGAUGCCACCACCACCUAAACUGGUCAGGACACCCACUCCCAAGAUCAGGAAACAAGAAUCUAUUAAACCAAAGAGCUUAGCAGAAGCAAAGAAAGCAAGCAUGGAUUUUGCCAAAGAAGGAUUAGAGGAUACCGGUCCUAACUCGGUUUUGGUUGCCAUGGUGAUGCUUUUAAAUAUUGGUUUGGCAAUCAUUUUUGUCCAUUUUCUGACAUGAAAGAGUAUUAUAUCAGUGAUGCUGGCUGGUAACCCACACAAUUGUGUCUAUGACCUUUAUGAAAUCCACGUGACACCAAGGAAUCUCCAGAAGGGCAGAGGGACCUGAAGGAGUUUGAAACACACGGCAUCAUCCUUGAAAAUGACCUUGUCAAGUGUCAUGUGGCUCUGAAAAAGCUUAAAAAAGGGAAAAAUAUAUUGAAGGAAAACACUGUUUAAAAAAAAAAGAAAAACUUUGUAACUUGAAUCAUAUCUGCUGAUGGAAAGCCUUAAUAUCUGAAGCCACUCCACAGGUCUCUGGUUCUUGGCAGAGACUUUACUGGAAAUGUUUGAUGAUGCACUUUUGCAUGAUGGGCAAGAACAGCUGCCUUACUCAUUUACCGUCUGACGUGUAAGUGGGAAAUGCACUCGCAGUGCCAGCGGAAUGCGUCCAUGGGACUUUGUUGCAGUGGGAGGGCACAAGUUCCUGAUCUUGCUGCUCUUGGCUAGAGGAAACCAAACGCGUUCACCAGCGUCUCCCAUCUGACGCACACCCUUGCCCGAUCCGCUGGGUUCUUGAUGGAAGUCGAUGCUCACCGUACUGUAAUGGUCAUGUUUGUUUUGUAUACUUUUUUCUUUCCUUUUAUGUUUGUGAACAUCAAUCAAAAUCCUGUUUGCGUUAGCAAAAUCAAAGUAUACUUUUCACGAGUCCCACUCCUAUGUGAGCUUUUGGUAUCACGGUAGUGUGAAAUUAGAUGAGGAAAAAGAUGAUAUAUUUAUUUAUAAUGUGCAAUAUGAUUUAUUUUGUACAAUUACAAAAUUGUAAUAUUUUACCAAUCAGGGGCUUUGUAGUUUUGUCCAAUUUAUUCUGGCAUUCAAUAGAUGAAAAAAAGAAAUGAAACAUCAGAAUGACAGGCAUAUUCCGACCUGAUCUCACAGGAAAAUUUAACUAUUUCCCAAGAUGGCAAUUUUGUUUGAAUUCCUACUAUGUGGAAAACUAUGGAUUAUUUAUAAAAAACAGUAAAAAUGAAGCCCUAAGCCUAACAUGACGGGGGCGAAAACAAAUCAAACUAAAUGUAUGAGAUUCAUACGAAUUAGCCACUUGGUAAAUAGUGACAAAUUGCCAUGAAAUUGUUUUGGAUAUGCUAUUUCCCACAAUGCAGUGCGCUUGCCCACCCUGAUCAUGGCAAAACUGAAAAAGUCUUAUGAAGUGUGUUAUUUACUGAAUUCUGGGAAUUGACUACUUGUCGUGUUUAUGUAAUAUGCCAUUGUGCAUGCCAUGUUGUGGAAGAGUUAUUGUGCUUCAAAUGUCAUAUAUGACAUGUGACAGCAGGUGAGAAUUUUGAUGUGUAACUGAAGAAAAAAAAACAAGGCUAAGGGCUUGCUUGCAUGCUUGUGACCGUGAAUACUUUGGAUAUCAAAAGACUGAAUGCAUUCAGGUAGUGCCACAGUCGGGUGGUGCUUGAGGAAGUAGGAUAUUGCCUUUAAAAGUCUUUAACAGUGCUUCUGUUUACCUCAAAAGAAAUCAGAAAAAAAAGAAAAAGCCUCAGUAGAGAUGACGUCUUCGUCUUAAAUCUGUUAUAUGCAAAUUCUGACUGAUGGAAUCAUUGGGAAUUGGUUUUAAAUGUGCCACUCUAUUGUAAGUGUUUUUGUCCUAAUGAAAUAACUUAUAUUUGUUUAUAUUAAUGUGAAUUUUCCCUCUUUAAUUAAAGAAAAUGUAUUUAUUAUAUAUAGAAUUAUAGAUAUUGUUUCCAGUGUUUGGUGAGUUUACAAGGGCUUUGGAAAACUCAGUUUCUCCCCUCAAUUGCUUUUAGUUUUGGUUUGCAUGGGGUCUGGGGUGCAUUAAUGCCUGUUAUCAUAAAAUUAAAUUUGUGCAGGGGAAUUUAAGAAAAUAUUUUAUUUAAAUUUUAGUUUAGAUUUAUUGGGCAUUCGUCAAAAAAACACUUUGCAGCGCAAUGGGCCCUUUUUUAUAUUUUCUGAAAGCUUACAGUGCAGGACAAGGAACUAUUUUUCUAAAACAAAUGUUGCAGAAUCAAGAAAGCAUUUAUAUAUUAAAGGUUUAUUGUAUUUGUAAGCAUUUUUACAGAACACAGCCUUUACACUAUUGAAUUCUAUUAUAUUUUUCUAUGGAAAUCCACAAGUGUAUUUUGUCAACAGCCGUUUGAAUCCUUUAUAUCAAGCAUUGUUUCUCACACAUCAAAAUUAAGACACGUGUCAUUUGAAAUGUGGAGGAUCAACAUUCUUUUCUUAACCCUUCCAUGCAAAAAAAAAGAUUGGACAUUUGAGCCCACAGAGCCCCACAUAUUUCUGUCAUUUGAAAUAUUAUGGUAUUUAUCUGUACAAUAAAAUGUUAUCUGUUCUUUA